AUCCUUUUUUUUGCCGCCAUAUUUCGGCAAGAUACGCACGGCGCGGCAUUCGCAGAGAAGGCAUCACGCAGCAGCAGGAGCAGCAGGAGAAGAAGUGUUCUUCGAAUUCGAGUUCCUUCACCGACCUCUCGAUCGCAUCUGCUCCCUCGCGAAUCAUCCGCCCCCCUGGUUCAGCUUUCGCAUCGCCGCCGUCUGCUGAUCAGCCCGGCUCGAUCGACGCGGCGUUUCCAGGCGAGCUCGUUCGCAACAGAUGUUUGGUUACAAAGUCCAGAUAGAAACAUGUCGCUGAAGGUAUCUUCUGACCGCUGAAAUGAGAUGCAACGCGUGCUGGCGAGAAUUGGAAGGACGAGCUGUUUCCACCACCUGUGGUCACCUUUUGUGCAAUGAAGAUGCUGCCAAGAUUCUAAACAAUGAUGCAGCAUGUCCCAUUUGCGACCAAGUGCUCUCUAAGAGUCUCAUGAAACCUGUGGAUAUAAAUCCGAAUGAUGAAUGGAUCAAUAUGGCUAUGGCCGGAGUAUCUCCGCAGAUACUCAUGAAGAGUGCAUACCGUAGUGUGAUGUUCUUUGUCGGACAAAAGGAACUGGAGAUGCAAUUUAAAAUGAACAGAAUAGUGGCUCAGUGCCGGCAGAAAUGUGAAGUCAUGCAAGAGAAAUUCACGGAGAAACUGGAGCAAGUACAUGCUGCGUAUCAAAAAAUGGCCAAGCGGUGUCAGAUGAUGGAACAAGAGAUUGAGAGCCUCUCCAAAGAUAAGCAAGAGCUUCAAGAGAAGUUCUCUGAGAAAUCAAGGCAAAAGAGAAAGCUAGAUGAGAUGUAUGAUCGACUAAGGAGUGAGUAUGACUCAAUGAAACGAUCUGCAAUCCAACCUGCAAGCAAUUUUUAUCCAAGAAGCGAACCUGACUUGUUUUCAGCCCCAGCUAACAUGAUUAAUACUCCUGACAAAAUGCGUAAAGAUUGGUCCACCUUUCCUCCUGCAACUCCAGGGCAAAGAGAGGAUGUAUGGCCAGCAAGGCCGAAUAGUUCGACCUCUGGUCCUUUUGACAUCUCUGGGGGCUCACCUGCAAAACACCGAACCAUUCCAGUUGACGCCAACAGCAGAAGGGUCGGUGGCGACCCUGUUUUUGCAGCCGGUACUGCCAACCCCUCAAUGACAUUAAGGAACCUCAUACUCUCCCCCAUAAAGAGGCCUCAGCUCUCCCGCAAUCGGACUCAAAUGUUUACGUUAUAGUCUAUAGAAGCAAGCACCUUAAUCAUCGGAUUGCAAAGGGGUUAAUGAGAACUCACAUGAGAUUACUGAGUGUUGUUGUUGAAGUGCCAGCCAUUGACAAGUAAAGAGAGGGGAAGAGCACUUCAUCUAUUAGCGUUUUUGGAGUAGCUAGGCAGCGCUGUGAGGUCGGGAUUUUGAGAGCUCAUUGGCAAUCGUGACUGGUGAAAUGCUAAAGAUAG